AGCGGAUGUUUGAGGCCGGAAACGCUAUCCGUGUGGGAGGAGACCUGGGCAGAGAGAGAGAGAGAGGAGGGCCGGAUAAGGAAGAAGGAGGAGGCCGGCUGAGUCGCUUCCGUGUCUGCCGAGAAGAGGAGCAGAAGAAGGCCUCGAAGCCGCCGCCAUGGGGGGCUCCCGCGACGAUGAGUACGACUAUCUCUUCAAAGUGGUCCUUAUUGGGGACUCAGGAGUUGGCAAGAGCAACCUCCUCUCCCGCUUCACUCGCAAUGAGUUCAACCUGGAAAGCAAGAGCACCAUCGGGGUGGAGUUUGCGACGCGGAGCAUCCAGGUGGAUGGGAAGACAAUCAAGGCUCAGAUCUGGGACACGGCAGGGCAGGAGCGGUACAGGGCCAUCACCUCUGCCUAUUACCGUGGGGCCGUGGGAGCCUUGCUGGUGUACGACAUCGCGAAGCACCUGACCUACGAGAACGUGGAGCGGUGGCUGAAAGAGCUGCGGGACCACGCUGACAGCAACAUCGUCAUUAUGCUGGUGGGCAACAAGAGCGACCUGCGCCACCUGCGAGCCGUUCCAACCGACGAGGCACGAGCCUUUGCAGAAAAGAACGGUUUGUCCUUUAUUGAGACUUCGGCUCUGGACUCAACGAAUGUGGAAGCUGCUUUCCAGACCAUCCUGACAGAGAUCUAUCGCAUCGUGUCGCAAAAGCAGAUGUCCGACAGACGUGAGAACGACAUGUCUCCAAGCAACAACGUGGUCCCCAUUCACGUCCCCCCGACUACGGAAAACAAACCAAAGAUGCAAUGUUGUCAAAAUAUAUAAACACGUCCCGUUCCUGGAAAGCUGUGUAUAUUUCCCCAGGCCCAAGAUGGAAAUAGAUCUUGAGUUCACAUUGGCCUUUCUUCCCCCCACUCCUUCUGUCAUUCUUGUCUAUCCUAUUUUAUUUUUCUUCCCAGUUUUCUCCAUGUCUUAACGCUUUCCCUUUUUUUCACCUUUGAUUCCAGUGUCAUGAGCCAUCCAUCGUUUGCAUGUGGCUGCAGCCUUAUCAGAAUGCCAGUCCUGGCAGGGCAGUUUUUAGAAAUCAUGACAAGAUUGCCUUUCCAAAUGCGUGGGUCGAUUCCUAGUGAGGUCUAGAUUAAGUUGCAAUAACCUUUAGUGAGCAUGACAUGCCUGAAAGCAAGAGUAGAUGAUAGGCCCGAGUCGUUUAAGUCACAAAUAUCAGAGGCUGAGUGUCCCUUUCAGUCACAAAUAUCAGAGGCUGAGUGUCCCUUUGAGCAGUGUAUUGGCUUAUUUCAUGGCACCCGUCAGCACCCCCCACUUCCAAUAGCUGUGGUUUCUUGACACAGCAUUGGGUCCUGCUUCCGUGGGCAGAGUUUCCCAACUCUUUGCAGGCACAUUUGGGUGUGGGGCCUGCAAGCGACAUUCCAUAAAGGGCCAAAGCAACUGCCUGCUCCCUGUGUCUUUGUUUGUCCCCCAUAUUGCCAAUUGUAUUGUUGUUGGGAUGUUUUUUGUGGGGAGGCAACUUGUCACAGCACCACAGACUAGAUUUAGAUCAGAGUUUUAUUCAGUUGCAGCAAUCCAAGGGUCAUCCUUGUGCAAGCCAGAGGGAGAUGGCAUGUUGAAGUUAGCUUUGUGUAAAUUGUUAUUGUGGUCGGUGGUUUCCAGGUGGAGCGGACAAGCGAGGGAUUCUUUGUGUUGUGAAGUUUGCUCUGCCUGCUUCUUACGGUGAUUUGUGCCGGUUGUGACUGGGCUUCUGGGCCAUUUGCCACGUUGAUGCUUGUUCUGCAACACAAAGAAAGCCACACAAAGUGUAGAGAAUGCAUUGAGUUGGGUCUUGCCUGGCCUCUCAAACCUCUACCAAUCCUGUAAUCCUCUUCUGAAGUGUUUCUGGUUCCGAGUUUGCCACUCGCCAGAGGUGAGGCGGCUGCUUCAUCGGUCUGGCCAGUGGCACAUUGGCACUUCCUCGCUUGUGUUAGGAGCCCCUUCCGCAUUCAUUGAUAUCUCUAUGUGCCUCCAUGGUGCUCUCCAGAGCAAUUCUGUGUCUUUGAUUUGCAGCAGACUGUGGUUGCGCCUUUCCUAACGCACUGUCCAAGUGAGGGGUGUUCUCUGGAAUUUGGAAAGCCGGGUUGAAACCUGAAGAGGAAAUGGCUCCCUUGAGAGGAGAGGAAGGAAGCUUAUUGCAAAGAGGUGGCCGGCCGGCACAGAGCGUGCCCUUGCCUUCCUGCCGCCUGAGCCAGCCGGCCUUGCGGUGCCCAUGACGUGUGAGGCGCACAGAAGGCAUUGCUGUAGUCCCUUCACCUCCCUUUUGCGCUCCCUGUUGUGUUUUUAUUCAUUUCCACACCCAAUCCCUUUUCUCUAAUCUUUCUUUUCUUUUGUAAAUUGCUUUGUACUGUAUGCACAUCCUGUACCUUGAAUAUUUUUUAAGGAUUGAGUUAAAGCUAUUCAUUAUUGGAAAAAUUCUAAUAAAAGAAUCGUAGGGGACUGUU